AUGUAUCCACCAACCUCCCCUCAUGCACAGCCACCUGUCACCGGUUUUCCGGUGACUUACAGCAGCUACAACCCACCGGUUACUCAGCCAGCACCACCUCCGCAACCUAAACUCCAGGUGGAUUGGUCCACAGGCCUCUUUGACUGUUUCUCCGACUUCAAAAACUGUUGCAUAACUUGCUGGUGUCCCUGUGUCACCUUUGGCCAAGUUGCAGAGAUUGUUGACAAGGGAUCAACCUCAUGUGGUGCUAGUGGGGCUCUGUAUACGCUGAUUUUAUUUGUGAUUGGUUCUGGUUGCUUAUACUCUUGCUUCUACCGCUCCAAGAUGAGGCGCCAAUACAUGUUGAAGGAAAGCCCUUGUGGGGAUUGCUUGGUUCAUUGUUGCUGCGAGGCCUGUGCCUUGUGUCAAGAAUAUCGUGAACUUCAAAACCGAGGAUUUGACAUGGUCAUUGGGUGGCAAGGAAAUGUUGAGCAGCGAAACCAAGGAGUAGCCAUGGCUCCAACGGCUCCAGCAGUUGAAUACAUGAACCGUUGA